AUGUCUCCCAAGGGCUCACCCGGUCCUCAGGGCAAUAAUACGGCCCAUCGGUCAUAUCACGAGUCAGAUUCAGCAAAAUGCAAUCAGGGCACGAGCAGCAGCGCAACUAACAGGCCCAACAAUGGAAAUAAUAAGCCCAACCAGGAGACUAACCGUGGCAGACAGCCACCCAGACCGGAUACGAAGGACAAGAAGAAGAAGAAAAGGAAGAAGAGCAAGAACGAGGAGCGCCAGCUUGUGAGUGAAAACAUGGGGAAAAGUGAGAAAGAUCGGGUUAAUGCUGGGAAACCUGAGGUUGUGUUGGCGGCCACUGACGAGUUCCCGUAUAUCAAAUUUGAUGACAAAGUCGACGCCUUGGAAUUUGCAAAGGCGGCGGAUACUACAAAUAGGCAGUUGGUUCUAUUUGUUGAUGGCUCGGCCUCCAAACGUGGUAUUCCGUUCCAUGGUAUACCAACACCUCCGCCCUCGCCCGAAAGCCCUUACCGGGCGGCAAGUCCGUCCCCAAGGCCUCUGUCUCUCGGCAGUAACGGCGGUGCAUCAGCUGUAUACUAUGAAAAUGAGAAAUGGGAAUGUGCAGGGUUCAGCCUGCCAUAUAUUCACGGCUCCGACGAGGCCGAAAUGCGUGGACUCGAACAGGGCUUUGGGGUUGCCCUAGAAAAGGCCCAGGAUAAUUCAAAUCCACGGAAUAAGGUUGUCAUUUUCACUGAUUGUAAGGGGGCGAUGAAACGCCUUGCAGAGUGCUUGAAAGGCAGCGACGUCCAGUCUGCAAUGCCGGCGGUGGCAAUGGCAGCGUCCAAGGCCCGCGAGCUCCGAAGGUUGGGCAUGGACGUCGAAGUGCGCUGGAUUCCAGCCCAUAUGGGAAAACAUAGUCCUAGGGGCAACUUUAUGGCUGAUCUGGUCGCAAAAAACGCCAACGCGUAUACUUUCAACCUCUCCGAUGCCCGAGCAAGAGAGCUUGCUGGUAGGGUGCACCGAAUGGAGGACCCCUACUCCCAAAUACCACGACAUGUUGCUACAGAAUGA